CAACUGCCAGGGCUGAACAGGAAGUGACGUACAUUGUAUUACCAAACCCGUGUAUUUCCAAGUACUAAGCUAUGGUAGUCUGUGUGUGGUAUGUCAGGUGUAGUCACGACGCAGGGCUAGAAAUAGCACAACUCAGCUCCGAACAGUGAGCAUUUCUUUCUGGCUGAGCAGUGAGCACAGUUAUUUGCGGUGGUUCCGUACGUGAAACUUCCUUUGAGCCUAUUUGUGCCAAACCGCGCGGCCAUUUAUUAGAAAUAACUAAAAUGUGGUAUUUCGAUAUGCAAACUUCUACACAGUUCAGUUCAGAAGAAGUCAAAAAGUCGACACAAGAAGUCAAAAAUCUUCGUGAAAAGCUUCUGGAUCUCCGUGAAAAGACCGGGCGGUUGGACCUCACGGAGUCGCGUAGGAAGGAGCUUUUGAACGGAGUUUCGGACUUUGCGGACAAGGCUUUGGGUAAACUUCAGGGGAGCAAGACGAGGAUUUACACCGGCGCAGGGGACGCCAACAACAACAAUGCCGACAGCAAAGGGAUCCGCAGCAGCCCCAUACAGGACGAGCCCUUGGACUUGGACGAUAUCCUGGACCUGUACGGAACACACGUUGAGAGCCGCGGGUUACGAGCCGGGCACGGCGGGCACAUGGCGUAUGUCCCCAACAACGGUGUCUUUCCCUCGGCACUGGGAGACUUUCUCGCCGAUACGCUUUGCACUUACGCAGGUCGUGCUUACGAGAGCCCUGGCGGAGUAGAGAUGGACAACAUGCUGCUGGAGUGGCUGGCCGGGGUGUUCGGGUACCCUAAGGGUUUUCGGGGAAACCUGACGUCCGGAGGGUCCGCUGCUACAGUCAUCGCCAUGGCAACGGCAAGGGACAGCAGGAAGGGACUGAGGGCCCGGGAUUUCCAUAGAGUCGUGGUGUACGUGAGCGAGCUGACCCACCACUGCAUGCGGAAAGCCCUCCACACCAUCGGGCUUGGAGAGGCGAUCGUCAGGGAGAUCCCGGUGGACUCCAGGUGGAAAAUGGACGUCCAGACUCUCGAAACAACAGUUGAAAAAGAUGCACAGAAUGGCCUGAUCCCGUUUGCCGUUGUUGCCACCGUGGGGACGACCGACGUGGGGUCGGCUGACCCCGUGGACGCCAUCGCGGACGUGGCGGAGCGGUACGGGCUGUGGCUGCACGUGGACGCCGCUUACGGCGGGUUCUUCGCGCUGUGUGAGGACACCAGGCCGCUGUUCAGGGGCGUGGAGAGAAGCGACUCUAUCAUUGUGGAUCCACACAAAGGCCUGAACGUCCCGUACGGUAGCGGCGUGGUUCUCGUGAGGAACGGGCCGAACCUGCACCUGUCCAACACCGCACACAAACAGGGCGGCUACCUGUACCACCCCGGAAGUGACGACACAGAGCUGUCACCCUGUGACCUCUCUUUUGAACUCUCCACCCACUUCCGAGGACCAAGAAUGUGGUUCCCGCUCAAACUGUUCGGAGUUGAAGCUUUCCGUUCUAUGCUGACAGAAAAACUACAGCUGGCAACAUACUUCUACAACAUAAUAAAAGAUGUUCCCGGAUUCGAAGUCCUGCAGGCGCCCGAGCUUUCCGUGGUCGCCUUCAGGUACACAGAGCCACCUAGCGGAAUGGAUGCGAACAGCUUCAACAAACUUUUGCUCGAAGAGAUGAUACAGGAGGGAGGCGUGUAUCUGUCGUCUACAACUCUCAAGGGAACGUUCUACCUCAGAAUCUGUGUGCUCGGCUUCCGUACACAUGUAGAACACGUGGAACUCUGUCUAGAAAUAUUGCAGAAGUCCCUACGAAAGUUGAAAACUGGUAUGUUGUCAUAACAAGACUGGCAAUGAAAA